AAUGUUGUGAAAGUGGACAUGCAUGAGGAGGAAGGAGAAGCAGUGAAGUCAGGGCUUUCUAUUGUUAAAAGACAUGCAGAGGAGGAGGGAGGUGGCAGAGAUGAGACCAACUCAGGAGGAGGCGCCAACUCGGACACAGGCAGUUUCGAUGGGGAGAAUGAACAGAGUUCGAACGCUCAGAGUGCAGUGGAGAAGCCACACCCUUGCUCCCAGUGUGGCAAGACCUUCGUCACUGUGGGGAGCCUGAAGAGGCACACACAGACUCACAGCAGAGAGAAACCCCAUCAGUGCUCCGUCUGCGGGAAAUGUUUCUCACGCUCAGACGACAUGAAGAGACACCUCACCAUCCACACAGGAGAGAGGGUGAACCACGUCUGUCACCAGUGUGGGAAGACUUUCGCCAGUCUGGGAGGGCUGAAGAAACACCAGAUGACCCACACAGGAGAGAAGCCGUUCCACUGUUCCGAGUGUGGGAAAGGUUUCACAGCGCAGGGUAACCUCAAGAUCCACCAGCGCAUCCACACGGGGGAGAAACCGUACCAGUGCUCCCAGUGUCAGAAAAGCUUCUCCCGGCUGGCCCACUAUAAAGACCACCAGCAGACUCACCGGGAGGAGAAACCGUACCACUGCAAUGACUGUGGGAAAAGCUUCUCCUAUUUCAAGUCGCUCAAGUGCCACCAGAUGAUCCACAAAGGGGAGAACCUCCACCACUGCUCCGUAUGUGGUAAAGGGUUCGCCAUCCGCGGCAACCUGAAGACCCAUCUGCAGACACACACCAAGGAGAAACCACACCAAUGCUCAGAGUGCGGGAAACGGUUCUCCCGAGCCCACGACCUGAAGAAACACAAGCUGCUCCACACGGGGCAGAAGACCUACCACAUUUGCCAGUGUGGCAAGAGCUUCACGGAGCUGGGGAACCUGCGGACCCACCAGAGAACCCACACCGGAGAGAAACCAUUCUGCUGUUCCUUCUGCGGCCGAACCUUCUUGCGUGCUGGAGACCUGAAGAGCCACCAGCGGACACACACCGGAGAGAAACCGUUCAUCUGCGCCAUAUGUGGGACCAGUUUCGCCCAAUCUGGCAACCUGAAAGUGCAUCAGAUCACGCACACUAAAGAGAGGCCGUACCCUUGUACUGUCUGUGAUAAGGGGUUCACCACACCGGGGAGUCUGAAACUACACAUGAGGACACACACAGGGGAGCGGCCUUUCCUCUGUAGCGCAUGUGGGAAAGGGUUCACGGCAUCGGGGCAGCUGAAGAGGCACCAAGAGUGUCACAUGAGAGACACUGUCCAAUCAUCUCCCAGUGAAGACACGGGGCUGGCGGUGGCUUCAAAAUAAAAGUCCUCACUGAGCGGACUACGAAAUAAGAGUACUGGAAACGUGCCAUUGUGUGUCUGAACUGUGAUCAUGAUGGGAGGUUUUACUGCUUCAUGAUGUCCCUAAUGGGACACCAUUCACUAUGGGCUCUAGUCAAAUGAGACACCAUUCACUGUGGGCUCUCGUCAAACGAGACACCAUUCACUGUGGGCUCUGGUCAAAGGGGACCCCAUUCACUAUGGGCUCUGGUCAAAUGGGACCCCAUUCACUAUGGGCUCUGGUCAAAUGAGACACCAUUCACUAUGGGCUCUGGUCAAACGAGACACCAUUCACUCUGGGCUCUGGUCAAACGAGACACCAUUCACUCUGGGCUCUGGUCAAAUUGGACCCCAUUCACUAUGGGCUCUGGUCAAACGAGACACCAUUCACUCUGGGCUCUGGUCAAACGAGACACCAUUCACUCUGGGCUCUGGUCAAAUUGGACCCCAUUCACUAUGGGCUCUGGUCAAACGAGACACCAUUCACUAUGGGCUCUGGUCAAAUGGGACCCCAUUCACUGUGGGCUCUGGUCAAACGAGACCAUUCACUGUGGGCUCUGGUCAAACGAGACACCAUUCACACUGGGCUCUGGUCAAACGAGACACCAUUCACUGUGGGCUCUGGUCAAAUGAGACUCCAUUCACUCUUGGCUCUGGUCAAACGAGACUCCAUUCACUCUGGGCUCUGGUCAAAUGGGACCCCAUUCACUGUGGGCUCUGGUCAAAUGGGACCCCAUUCACUGUGGGCUCUGGUCAAAUGGGACCCCAUUCACUGUGGGCUCUGGUCAAACGAGACACCAUUCACACUGGGCUCUGGUCAAACGAGACACCAUUCACUGUGGGCUCUGGUCAAAUGAGACACCAUUCACACUGGGCUCUGGUCAAAUGGGACCCCAUUCACUCUGGUCAAAAGGACUGCACUGUAAAGGGAGUAGGGACACCAUUCAGGACCUACACUACUCCUCCCUAUUGCAGAACGUCAGUUGUUUACUCCAUGAGCCUAAAUAUGAGCUUUUUAAAGUGUCAGAGAAUGUGAUGUUUGACAAGAAAUUGUUAAUCUGAGUUCCUGAAUGACACCCAAUUUAGUGCACUACGUUUGACCAGGGCCCAUAGGGUUCUGGCUAAAAGUAGUGCACUAUAUAAUAGGGAAUAGGGUGCCAUUUGGGACGCAUGACAGUGUACAGUAUACUACAGUACUAAUGAACACUUUCUCUGGUAAACACAGUUUACUGAUUUUUGUCUCUUAUUAUCUGAGUAUUGAUCUGAUUUGAAUAAAUAAACUAUUCUAAUAAUA